CGCUCCUCGACCACGUUUUCGUUCAACUUCUACUGACAUCGUCGACCAAAAGUCGUCAACAUCGUUAGCGAUUCAUUGUGAACAUCUACAACUUGGGUUGUCUUUCUGAACCGUCAAAACGAGCGAUGGAUGCUUCUAGUGCCACGAUGUCUCUCCGGGCCCUGCUACUGGUGCUUCUGCUGCUGCUACUGGGUCCUGUGAGCCCUGCGCUCUGCUGCCUGCGUUGCUCCCCGAUCUUCAAUGACGUGCGGAAUCAGCUUAAGGAGUCCAUACCAGGGGUGAGCGUGGACCACAAGAAGGAGAUGUACAAGAUCAUCACAGAGAUUGGCAAUAAAGAGGCCCCCAUUCUAUUUGAUUUUGUGGACGUGGCUCCCGUGUUCCUGAAGAGGAUUCUCGACAUUAUUGACUCCAUGAGGCCAAUGGUACUAUUAGGUGGCAUCCGGAUGGCCAAUAAUCCAGAAAAAUCGGGUCCGAAGACCGUCGAUGUUCCAGAUGUUCUAUCAAGAUUAAUCGCUGUCGGAACAGAAUACGAAGAAAAGAUGGAAGAGAUUACACAGGCGCCGUGCGAAACCUGUGCUAGGAAAUCAGUGCCGGCAAUGAAAUGUGGCAAAUGUGAACGGGUGGUCAUCACUUGCUCCUCAUGUGUUUCAAUCAAGAAGAUGCUUGCCAACCCCGACAUCAUGCGGAUAGGAGGAGGGAUUAUGCUGUCAUGCAUCCUCCUUUUCAUCAUCGGCAUUCUAGUAACAUCAUACAAGAAGGACGAUGAGAAAGAUCCUCCGGGUGGCAUGCUGACGGAGGUUGUGUCUCACAAGGAGGAGUUGAAACCGGCUGUUCAUUCUGAGAAGACAAAGAAGAGUGAAAAAUCUGGCUCCAUUCACCACUCUCAACACAAAUCUCCCAAAGCUGUUAAGACUCAUUCCAAGAAGAAAAGCAGCAGUGGACAUAAAGAUUCUGCCUCCAAGCACCACUCUAAAAGUAAAACUGACAAAGCUGGCAAUGCCAAACACACCCAGAAGUGAAGAAAACUCCACAGCAGCACGGAUGGGUGACAUGCAGCAGCGCGGACGGGCAGAGUGAAGCAGCACGGACGGACAGAGCGGAGCAGCACGGACAUUCAGGAUGAACGCCUUGUUCGGGGACCGGGCAUCGCGCCUUCUGGCUUUGGCAUUCCUCGGCCAACUGGCGUGCCGUCUUCCACAUCAGGUCAUCGCACCGCGGUGGCCUGCGCUUCUUCGGCGGAGGAGUGGCUGGGCUGCACGGACUCUCUCUUGGCGCCCUCUCCUGGGGCAGGAAGACAUCGCUGUUGGCAUUGCAAUGCCCAAGGCUGUGCUCGGCUGCCGAAUUGGAAAACGUAUCCCAUGCGCUAAACACACACAGGCCUUGGCAAAUACCUAGGAAACUUAAAGGUGUUAGCCCCGGUAUCAGAUCCCCUCCGCUGAGUUUUUCACCCCUAGCCUGCCUAGCGAGAAAAAAUGGUCUGGGUUUUCUCGGGAGGAGGGAAAUUGACAAAGAUUUGAUAUGCAGGGAAUGGAACAGACUGGCGAUUGUGGGAGAUUAAAGGACGAUGUUACUAAAGAACUUUAUUUCUCUUGCAGAAGUGCUGCAACUGUUCAA